AUGGACCUGGGAACUGAAGGCUCAGACCCGCGCAGCCCCGCCAUGCGACACCCCACUGACCAGCCGCCCUGCCAACAGAAUUCCUUUAAAGAAACGGGCUCAGAUGUGGCAGAGAAACCACUCGAAGGAAAAGAGGAGACGUUCUCUUCCGUGUUAAGAGAGAGCUGCACCCAGCGGCAAGGGUCAGUGCCCAAGACCGAUGAGAAUUCCAAGGAAACUGAGCUCAAAAGAGACAGCGGCGUCUCUGGAUCAGGGGCCUCUCUAGCAGCUGAGCGCAGUGUGACCCCGGGGAAGAAGAGACCGAGGGCGCCGGACGAGGACCACGGCAGCGAGGGCGAGGAGACCGCGGACGCCCGCCCCAGGAGACGCCGGGCGCGGCGCGGCGGGCGCGGCGGGCGCGGCUGGCGGAGCAGACACAGGUCCCCGGGACACCGGCCGCCUCCACUUCGGAAGAGGCUGGUGACCACCCUGCGCGCCCUGUCUGAGGCCAUCUAUCAGGACGUGGCUCAGGCGUGCGAGCAGCAGGAGCACUCCCCGCUGACCUGGGAGCAGCGCUCGGGGCUCGGGGAGCUCUGGGGACCUCUGGACGCGGCCUUGCAGACCGUCUACGCCAUGGCCAAGCAGGCGGCCUACGUCUUCCCGGCCGAGAGCUGGCUCGUCCCAGGCCCGCCGCCGGGCCCCGGGGCUCCCGCUCGGGGUGGGGGAGAAGCCCGGGGCUCCCCGGGGCCCGAGCUGGGUUAG